UUGUAUACUUAAAGACACCAUGUGGAUUUGUAGGAUAACCAUAUAUUCCCUGCUCCUCGGACUCGUAUCGGCUCAGAUCUGCACUGUUAAUGUUACUAGGAAUAUUAAAGGAACUGCUGUGAACGUUCAAACGAGGGAUUGCUGCAAGGGUUACAAAAAAGUAAGGAGCUCCGCACUCAGAUGUCUUGCACAAUGCAAAGUUAAUUGUGGAAGUGGCUUCUGCACGAAACCAAAUGUAUGUACCUGCAAGAAAGGAUAUGUCAACUUAAAUAACGAUCCAUCUAACCGAUGUGUGCCCUACUGCAAGGGAUGUAGUCGAGGAACCUGCCAAUCUCCUGGCCGCUGUAUCUGUUCCGCGCGCCAUCUGCUGGACAAAACGACAAACAACUGCAUACCCCAAUGUGCUAGUGGUUGUCCCAAUGGGACUUGCAUAACGCCCAACAAUUGUAGUUGCAACAAAGGAUACAAGCUGAAUCCAACCACCCAGGUGUGUCUGCCAACGUGCAAGGAUAACUGCGCGGCAGUCAAUGGCUUCUGCGCGGCUCCGAAUCGCUGCGAGUGCAAUCCAGGUUUCAUUCCCAAGCCAAAGUCCAAAUCGUUUGAGUGUCAGCCGAAAUGCAAAAAUGGCUGUAGCAACGGAGUUUGCCGGGCUCCCGACAAAUGUGAGUGCAACAAAUUCUACGAAAAGGACAUCGAUGGAAACUGCGUUCCAAUCUGCGAAAACGGAUGCGUGAAUGGAAACUGCACUGCCCCGGACGUCUGUCAAUGCCUGACGGGAUAUACGAAAAUAGGGCACAAUGUCUGCUUGGCCGUUUGUCCCGAGGGUUGCCAGAACGGAGUCUGCGUGGCGCCCAACGAGUGCUCCUGCAACGCCGGGUACACGAAGCUGGAAGGUGUCUGCACUCCUGUUUGCAAGGAUGGAUGCGUGAACGGAUUCUGUGCUUCUCCAGAAAAGUGUUCCUGCAAUGAUGGAUAUGAAAUGGACAGUGAAAACAGAUGUUCUCCAGUUUGCUCAGGUGGGUGCAAGAACGGAUUCUGUGUUGCCCCAGGAAAGUGUUCCUGUGAUGAAGGAUACAUCAAGGGAACAGGAAACAGUUGUAAACCAAUUUGCUCAAAAGGAUGUGAGAACGGAUUUUGUGAUGCACCAGAAAAGUGUUCCUGCAAUGAUGGAUAUGAAAUGGACGGUGAAAACAGAUGUUCUCCAGUUUGCUCAGGUGGAUGCAAGAACGGAUUCUGCGUUGCCCCAGGAAAGUGUUCCUGUGAUGAAGGAUACAGCAAGGAAACAGGAAACAGUUGCAAACCAAUUUGCUCAAAAGGAUGUGAGAACGGAUUUUGUGAUGCACCAGAAAAGUGUUCCUGCAAUGAUGGAUAUGAAAUGGACAGUGAAAACAGAUGUUCUCCAGUUUGCUCAGGUGGAUGCAAGAACGGAUUCUGUGUUGCACCAGGAAAGUGUUCCUGUGAUGAAGGAUACAGCAAGGAAACAGGAAACAGUUGCAAACCAAUUUGCUCAAAAGGAUGUGAGAACGGAUUCUGUGAUGCACCAGAAAAGUGUUCCUGCAAUGAUGGAUAUGAAAUGGACGGUGAAAACAGAUGUUCUCCAGUUUGCUCAGGUGGAUGCAAGAACGGAUUCUGUGUUGCCCCAGAAAAGUGUUCCUGUGAUGAAGGAUACAGCAAGGAAACAGGAAACAGUUGUAAACCAAUUUGCUCAAAUGGAUGUGAGAACGGAUUCUGUGAUGCACCAGAAAAGUGUUCCUGCAAUGAUGGAUAUGAAAUGGACGGUGAAAACAGAUGUUCUCCAGUUUGCUCAGGUGGAUGCAAGAACGGAUUCUGCGUUGCCCCAGGAAAGUGUUCCUGUGAUGAAGGAUACAGCAAGGAAACAGGAAACAGUUGCAAACCAAUUUGCUCAAAAGGAUGUGAGAACGGAUUUUGUGAUGCACCAGAAAAGUGUUCCUGCAAUGAUGGAUAUGAAAUGGACAGUGAAAACAGAUGUUCUCCAGUUUGCUCAGGUGGAUGCAAGAACGGAUUCUGUAUUGCACCAGGAAAGUGUUCCUGUGAUGAAGGAUACAGCAAGGAAACAGGAAACAGUUGCAAACCAAUUUGCUCAAAAGGAUGUGAGAACGGAUUCUGUGAUGCACCAGAAAAGUGUUCCUGCAAUGAUGGAUAUGAAAUGGACAGUGAAAACAGAUGUUCUCCAGUUUGCUCAGGUGGAUGCAAGAACGGAUUCUGCGUUGCCCCAGGAAAGUGUUCCUGUGAUGAAGGAUACAGCAAGGAAACAGGAAACAGUUGCAAACCAAUUUGCUCAAAAGGAUGUGAGAACGGAUUUUGUGAAGCACCAGAAAAGUGUUCCUGCAAUGAUGGAUAUGAAAUGGACGGUGAAAACAGAUGUUCUCCAGUUUGCUCAGGUGGAUGCAAGAACGGAUUCUGUAUUGCACCAGGAAAGUGUUCCUGUGAUGAAGGAUACAGCAGGGAAACAGGAAACAGUUGCAAACCAAUUUGCUCAAAAGGAUGUGAGAACGGAUUUUGUGAUGCACCAGAAAAGUGUUCCUGCAAUGAUGGAUAUGAAAUGGACAGUGAAAACAGAUGUUCUCCAGUUUGUUCAGGUGGAUGCAAGAACGGAUUCUGUGUUGCACCAGGAAAGUGUUCCUGUGAUGAAGGAUACAGCAAGGAAACGGAAAUCAGUUGUGCACCUUUUUGUAAGGACGGGUGUGUCAACGGGCUUUGCGUUUCUCCAGAUUUUUGCAAGUGCGAUGACGGUUACAUUUUCGUUGAAGAAAGUAAAAGUUGCCAGCUUGACAAGGAGCUACUUGGGGAUUAUUCAGAUUGUGAUAAGAACUGCCGAAAUGGAACCUGCGUCGAAGGAAUUUGUACUUGUAGUAAACAAUAUAAGCUGCAUAGGAAUGAGGACGACAACAAUUUGAUCUGUCUUCCGAUUUGCGAACCCGAGUGCCUCAAUGGGCUCUGCGAAUUUCCGGGUUCUUGUGUCUGCUGGGAUGGUGAGAGUCCGAUAGAUGGAUACUCAUGCCAAUCUAUGGAUUCACUUGGGUCCCUUACAGGCCAUGAAAAGAGUGAAAGACACUUGAAGUGGGUAUUUAUAACGAUUGUUUCUAUGGCCUUCAUCUUGGCAAUAAUAACCACCAUGCUGAUUAUUUAUAUAUUUAGGAAACGCUCAUAUCACGUGGACAAGAAUGAGAGGGAGUUCGGUGUAUAUUUCUCUCCCAAUAAGGUUGAUAUCAUUCGAGCCUGAGCUUUAGCGGGAAGUCAGCAAUAUUCUCAUUAUACAAUAAAAGUUACUGAUAAAAUG